CAGUUUCGUGAUUGAUGUUUCACGCACGGGAUGUAGAGAAAGUAAAUUUAUAUUUUUUUGUAAUUUAUACGCGUCCGAUGGUGUAAUUAUUAGGUCUGCGUUUUGAGAAAUGCUCUCAUUUGGUUUACAAUAUUCACUGAAGUGCCAAAACUGGAAAAUCGGUAAAUUAAAAUGUUGGGGAAUGGUGAUGACUGACACUUCGAUUCGUGCCUAUUUACAGUGAUUUUAUGAGUGUUUUUGUGCAAGUCCGCCAGGAUGCCAAAGGGAGAGAACAGGCCGAGCGUCCUGUUGACUCCGGAAGAGAACGAUCUGGUGUUUAGCCUCAUCGGAGCUAAAUGUCAGAGUCUAGCGACAGCUGUAGUACAAUUAUUCACUACCGAGGGACCGGAUCAUUCAGAAUGGAAGAAGAAAGACACGGGGGUGCUGUGCCUUAUAAAAGAUAAUAGCAAACGUUCAUACUUCUUCCGGAUCUACUGCCUCUAUCGGAGGUCGUUGAUUUGGGAACAUGAAGUCUAUCUGCAGAUUGAAUACAAAAAUCCCAGACCGUAUUUACAUACGUUUGAAGCCGAGGAAUACAUGACGGCAUUUAAUUUCGCAAAUGAAAUGGAGGCGACGGUGCUAAGGAAUAUUCUUUUAGAGAAAAUUGAACUGCGUAAACAAAGACGGCAAGUUCGUAACAAUCGUUCGAUGAUGGUCCCCCGUAAUAACUCGACGGUUCAUGAGUCUUCGUCGCGGUACAACGGCGCCCCUCCCCCGCCGCCGCUCACCACCACCACCGCCACCACCAAUACUAAGACUAACACCCUCAAUUCCUUGAAAGGCUCGGGGAGGAAACCGAAAGCGCGCAAACUGACCAAGGCUGACAUCGGCAUGCCGAAGGACUUCAAGCACGUGUCACACGUCGGAUGGGACGCCAACAAAGGGUUCGACGUGGAUCUGCCCGAGGAGAAGCUCCGCUGGUUCUUCGACAAGGCGGGCGUGUCGGAGACGCAGCUCAACGACCAGGAGACGAGGAUGUUCAUAUACGACUUCAUCAUCAAGAACGGCGGAGCGGACGCGGUCAACGAGGACCUCACGGACGAACCGCCGCCGCCAUACUCGGAGUCCCGGAGCCCUGCGCCGCCUGUCCCCGCCCGCGCCCCGCAUCCCCCCGCGCCCCCGUCUCGUGCUCCGCCCCCGCCGCCGGCGCGGUCCGUACCCCCUCCGCCGCCGCCGCCAGCGACCCUCGCGCCGCGGAACCCUCCGCCGCCCAGACCGACACAACCCCCGGCCCCGGCGCCGCCGUCCAUGCCUCCCCCUCCACCCCCGCCGUCGCUGGCUCCGCCUCCGCCGCCGCCUCCCCCCGCACCGCCCGCGCCUCCCCCGCCGAGCUCCGAGGACAGGGCAGAGCUGCCCGCCGCCAGCAGUGACCCGCGGGCCGCUCUCAUGGCGAGCAUACGGAGCGGCAACAAGAACUUGAGGCCCGUGGAUUCCGUAUCGAAGUCUUCGGCCAGCACGGACGACAGCAGGAACAACUUAUUGAGCGAAAUCCGUCAAGGGAUCACAUUGAAAUCGGUGCGGCGGGAGAGUGUCACCGCGGGCGACGAGAAGACUACCAACAACGUAGAAAACGCGAGUGGACUCGCCGGCGCGCUGGCCCGGGCGCUCAAAGAGCGGGCGAGGGCGAUACACUCCUCGGACGACGAAGACGACACCGACAACACCACCAGCGACGGAGAGUGGGACUUCUAGACACACGCAGCAGAAGAGAGAGAGAGAGAGAGAAACAAUAUUCAUACGCUCACACCACAUCAUAUGAGAAUAAAAACAUUUUAAAACUGACAGAUGUGACAGGAUUGUUUGGCGCUUGACAACUGUAUAUAAUAAGAUAUUAAAAACGACCAAGAGGACUCGGUUUUAUAAUACUUGAUGCAUUGAUGUUUUGAUACGCUCACACACUGAUUUUUACCGACCUGGCCGACGCCUCUCACACCGCCAGCAUAUGAUUCAUUUGGACAUUGAAGCAUUUUUAUGACCUUGACCAUAAAGUAUUGUAUCUCAGCAAUAGUUUAAACAUUUUGUAAUUAACAAAUAAUUAAUUAUAACCAAACGAGCACAGAAAAAAAAUAUCAACAAUUUUGACGCUUAUUAGUUAAUGUGUUACGGGGUUUAUUUCAUGUAGAGGUAACAUAACCCGUUUUAUUUUUCAAUAUUUUUUUUUUUUUUGAGUUUGCCGAGGAAGUCUGUUCGCGGCCAAUCGGCUGCUCAAGAGGAUGUUAUGUUCAAUAGAAAAUGUACGCCUGGACUCGCAUGAAAUGCGUUUGAUUUAGUUAUUUUUGUAACUAACAAGUGAUUUUGAUUGUCUGUAGCCGUUUCAUACAACGUGUAUCUGUAUAUAGUAAGAGGUAAUAAUCGACUGAUCAUAAAAUGGUGAUGCAAGGCACGUAUUUUUUAUUCUGUUACGAGUAUUUGUGAUGUAAUCUAAGUUCUAUUUCGGUAUUCCACUGCCGCAGCGUUUUUUUAAUGUAAUUUGAAACUAAUUUAUAUGCACUUUUUUAUAUUGAAGCAAUAAUGUUAACUAAUAUGUUCGGGCGCUCAGUCGGUGCUGGCGCGUCGUUUGUUAUCUGCGUAUUGUAUAGUGGAUUCGGUAAUUAGAGCGCUAAUCGACAGUUAUUUAUUAUCAGUUAUAUUUACUAAAGCAUUUUAACUUCAUAUCAUAGUAAUCGUCGGCCUUUCGUGUGGUCGUCUGCGUCGGUGACCGCAGACGGCGCACGUGUGUAUGUUAGGGUAGCAUUAACUAAACUUAAGACGCAAAGCUAUUUUUAUAAUACGGGAGAUCGUUUUGUAUCGUUGUUCUGUGCGCGGCCUGGGCUGUGGAGCCGUCUGAGUGACGUUUUAUAACCAUCUGUAAACACCAUGUUGACUAAAUAAAUGAUUAUUACUUUUA